AUGACGAGCACCAACAAGGACGACCAUGAAGACCCGGCGACAAAGUCGAGACAGCAAAACCAGGCGCGGCGCGCUCAGGUGCGAAGCGCCCAGAUCCGCCACCGCCAGCGCAAGGCCGACCACCAGCGCCAGCUGGAGCUCGACAUGACCGAGUACCAGAGCCUGAUAGCCCAGAUCGAGGGCGAGACGGCCGUCCUCCGACGCCAGAACGCUGCCAUGCGCGCCCAGCUCGACGCGGCCGGCAUCUCCGUCGCAGCCCACGAGUGGUCUGGCAGCGUCGACAGUUCCGACGCCAGCGCCAGCGGUGACGAAUACUACUCCGUCAGCGACGACGGCGCCGGCGCCUACCCGGAACUCUUCCCCUCCGUCGACAUGGACCGUCUCACCGUCACGCUGGCCGUAGACGACACCAUGGGCUCGCCGGCCCUGCAGAUCAGCGGGAGGGGCAGCGGGAGCUCCAACUCGUCCAGCAGCAGCAGCAGCAGCAGCAGCAGCGGCAGCUCGUCUGCCUCGUACAGCCACCGUACGGGGACGAGCAGCGCCGCUACCAGCCCGCCUACAACCACCACAUCUACCACGCUGACGACGUAUCUCAACCCUGUGCAGGAGGAAGCUGCCGUCAACUUUAUCCUGGCGUUGGAACACGUCUGCUGGAGCCACUUUAUGCUCGGCGACUUUCCCCACCAUCACGACGGUGACGACCCUCACCAUGAUGACGUUCAGAUCAAGCCCGACACCGUCGGACACGAUGCCGACUCACGCGCCCCCCACGACGACGACUACGGUCACGCCCUGAUGGCGUCGACGUAUUGCAUGGGCAACGCGCCCUCCCCCGUCUUCGACUACACCAUGGAGGCCCUCUUCAACAACAUCGACUUCAACCCGACCCCGACGCCCUCUUCGCCGCCGGCCAUGGAGUGGCAGAGCCCGUCGUCGUCCAUGACGCUCGCCAACCUCUUCGGCCUGGCCUCCUCGCUCAACCCGGGCGACGAGGACCUCACGCCCGUCCAGGCCUGGUUCGAGCUGGCGGACCGGUACAACCCCGCCGCCCUCAUCGACUCGGGCAUCCUCGAGUCGCUCAAGAGGGAGCUCAGGGGUGUGGUCCACUGCCUUUACUACGGAGCUGUCAUGGAACGCGUGGCCUUUGAGAAUGUCUUGUCUCGUGUCAUGAAGGGGUUUGACGCAUGCAGUCUGUGA